GCACACUCACACCCUCGCGCGCGCACGCACACACACUCACACUCCGGGAGCAGAGCGAGGAGGCAGAGAGAGGGAGCCGACGAGAGCGGGGCGCAGGGCGCGGGGAGCCCCAGGCACACGCACCGAGAGCGAGCCAAGUUCCGCAGCCCAGCAUGGCUUCGGGGGACCUUUACGAGGUUGAGAGGAUUGUAGACAAAAGGAAGAAUAAGAAAGGAAAAUGGGAAUAUCUCAUCCGAUGGAAAGGUUAUGGUAGCAACGAGGACACUUGGGAGCCUGAGCAUCACUUAUUGCACUGUGAGGAAUUUAUUGAUGAAUUUAAUGGGCUCCAUGUGGCAAGAGAGAAGAGGAUUAAGUCUGGGAAGCAGACCAACACCCCCAAAUUCCUAAGAGAAAACCGAGGAGGUCCUAUCGAGAAACUGUCUCAUAGACCUGAAUCAGGGAAGAGCAAAGGGAGUUCCCACAAACGGAAGCGAAUGAACCCUUCCCUCCAAAAACCAAAAAAGGGAUAUGCCACAAAGCCCCAGUCAGGGGGGGACAGGGCUGCCAAGACUGUUUCUUACCGAACUACGCCCAGUGGCUUGCAAAUCAUGCCAUUAAAAAAGGCACACAGCGGGAUACUGAAUGGAGAUGCCAGUCACGAGAAGGACGGGGGACACUUUGGGGAUGCCUCCCACCCGCCCAACUUGGAUUUGAACGAGCACGAGGGAGAACCCGAGAUGGCCAACGAAUGUGAAGUUAGCCAUGACUCAGUGGUUGCGAAUGGAAUCGGUUCCACUCUGACCAACGGAAGUCUACACUUGCAUAGCCCUGUGAAGAGGAAAAUUGAAGGGGACAAAGAUUACGUCUUUGAUAAGAGGCUCAGGUAUAGCGUCCGUCAAAAUGAAAGCAAUUGUCGGUUUCGAGACAUCGUGGUGCGAAAGGAAGAAGGAUUCACACACAUUCUGCUGUCCAGCCAGACUUCUGACAACAAUGCCCUGACACCAGAGAUUAUGAAGGAAGUUCGGAGAGCAUUGUGCAACGCGUCCACGGACGACAGCAAACUCUUGCUUCUCAGCGCGGUUGGAAGUGUGUUCUGUAGCGGCUUAGAUUAUUCCUACUUACUUGGCAGGUUGUCCACCGACAGAAGAAAGGAGAGUACCAGGAUUGCAGAAGCUAUAAGGGAUUUUGUAAGAGCUUUUAUCCAGUUUAAGAAGCCAAUUGUGGUCGCUAUCAAUGGGCCUGCUCUGGGACUGGGUGCGUCUAUCCUGCCCCUCUGUGACAUAGUCUGGGCCAGUGAGAAGGCCUGGUUUCAGACACCAUAUGCAACCAUACGCCUCACUCCUGCCGGAUGCUCCUCAUACACAUUCCCACAAAUCCUCGGUGUUGCUCUGGCCAACGAGAUGUUGUUCUGUGGAAGGAAACUCACAGCUCAGGAAGCUUGCAGCCGAGGGCUCGUGUCCCAGGUCUUCUGGCCAACCACUUUCAGCCAAGAAGUCAUGUUGCGUGUCAAAGAGAUGGCCGCCUGCAGUGCUGUAGUGUUAGAAGAAUCUAAAUGCCUCGUCCGGAGCUUCCUGAAAUCGGUCCUCGAGGAUGUGAAUGAGAAAGAAUGUCAGAUGCUAAGGCAGCUAUGGAGUUCUUCCAAAGGCUUGGAUUCAUUAUUCAGUUACCUGCAAGAAAAAAUUUAUGAAGUCUGAAAGGCUCUGCUAUGAUUUUUGCACCCUCACUCUGUGUGUGUGCCCAGAGUGAUCCUGACUUCCAGCUCUUCCCUGUGUUUGAAACAUUGGAGGCCAGUGUUCUAGAAAGGAGCUUGUGAAUGUCUCUCCAUCCCUAGGGUUGUGUCAGUUUUCCUCGUGAGUCAUUCUGGGAUGUUACCGGGUUGUUUCUACGUUGGUUUGCUUUUGUAUCACAGAUGUGGGGCUCAGCAUUCUCGGUUUGCCUACGUUGGUCAGGGGUUCCCCUAAGGGCUGUCUCUUCCAGGAGGAAGCUUGUCUCCUUGCUAGACGUGCAGCUUCCUCUGGUUCUGUAUUACAUUGCCAUGAUCCAGUAAGGCAGUACCCUUUCCAGUUUUCUCUGUCCUUUUGACUUGGGCUGUGCCAAUAGGGUGCCACUCUUUGGAGGGUAUCAACUUUUGACCAGCUGUUAGGACGCUCGAAUGCCAGUCAAAGGACUAGAUUGAGCAUGAUUGAUUGGAGUCCGUCAUCCUCAGGCAAGACCAGCCCAAUCAAUCACAUAGACCCUGCCUCAGUAUCCUUCCUGUUGCCACAAGGAUCUGUGUGACAUCUAGGGCUUGGUCUAAAAAUCUUAACAAAAGUAAUUUACAAACCCAGAUAUUGUAAAUUUAGAAACGUUUUGUUAAAUAUAUAUUUUUCAACACUGUAAGUGGCGAUUCUAAUAAUUUAUGUGUAUUAUAUGUAAAAUUAGUUUUUUUUUCUUUUUGCAAAAGCUACCAGGAAAAAUGUUUUUUUCCUUUAAUUAAACUUAUUUAACUUAUUUAUUUGUGUUUAUAUUCAGCUGUCUGUUAUUCACAGAGAUGUUAUUUUCAUACUGCCCUGGACCAAAUUCAAGGCAUGUGCUAGUCAGCACAUCUUAGUAAUGAGCCACAAUGAGAGAAAAUUCCAACCGAAAAGCAACAUUGAACUUUUCCAGAUAAUGAAUACUUCUGACCCUCUCCUGAGUGGGAAGCUGCUUAAAGCUGUAAUGUGCUUGCAUCACAAAGAAUAAUGGUGGAAAAUUGUUUCUCUUCACUGACUGUCCUUUUGGGGAGAAUUGUACAUUCUAGCCGAUACCAUGUCUACUCAUUCUCAAUUCACAGUAACCUGCUCUGAGGAAAAGGUGGAGGCAGCAUCGUUUUGUGAAAUAUCUCUUCUCCAGCCUAGAACAUGUUAGCUUGGGACAAAUGAUGGUGUUUGGUCCACCUGUCUUGUGGCGGUCUUGCGAAAGCAAAGAAUCAUAGAUGUAGAGCCGGAAGGGACUUUUGUGGUCAUUGAAUAGAACUCUCUCACUUUACAGAUAAGCAAACCGAGGCCCAAAGAGGUUAAAUGACUUGCCCAGAUAAUUAACAAGUGUCUGAGGCAGGGUUCAAUCCCAAGUCUUCCUGACACCGAUUGCUGAAUCUAUUACAUCACGCUGGGGCUAACACCUUUGUCCAUUGGGCUUUUGAGAACCAUAGGGGACGUCUUGGUUUUGAUGGGCUAUAGGCAGAAGAGUCCUCCUAGGUAGCAUUAACAAAUGUAAGCUGGCCCUCUAGCAACUUCUUCCAGAGUCCUGGAGCCAAAAGAGAGAGCAAUAAAUGCUUAUCAUCCUACUAUUAAAUAUGUUUAAGUUUUAAGAAAGCUUUGGUACCACCUUUGGAUCAGCCAUUAAAAAAGACCUAGAAUUAGCCAUUAGAAGGGAGACUUUUUCUCAUUUGGAAGGGGAAAAACCGAGAAGAGUGCACCAAGUCGAAAAGUCUAUGUAGAAAUUAGCGCAAAAAGUAUGAAAGAAAUUAAAUCUAUCAAGGGGCAGACACUCACGCCGAGAAAGUGAAUGAGGAUGCUCUUCCCCUCUUCUCUCCUUGUCUUGCUCUCCAUCUUGAGUCUUCUCAGACACUCGUAAACCUCCCUUCCUUCCUCUGUUAGCCCAGUGUUUCAUGGACCUCAGGAGUAAAAUACCAACCAAGGGGGGCUGUUUGCAAAGAGAGCCAUCGCUGCAAUUAUUGCCGUAUUCCUUUCCAUGGCGUGACUUUCUAGAAAAGAUUGCUCAGUCUGAUUUUAGCUCAUGUGAAGGGGGAUUGCUUGGCCUCACAUCUGGGGCCUCCAUGUGGCUGCAAAGACCUGGGCUUCUCCUGUGAAUUGGGGCUGAGCUCAAGGCAAGGCCCUGACACCCACACCAUACUCUUCAUACACUUAGUCUUCUUUAGCCAUGGCUCUUUAGAAGCAGCACCCCCAGCCAUCCAAAGCCAGUAGAUAUAUGGUAGAACAGGAAAAAAAAAACACAGUUAAGGUAUUUUCUGCUUCAUUCAUCUGGGAUUCACAUAAUCUAGAGAAAAGGAAAGAAAUAGGAAAAAAAACUUCUGCCUUCCCCCUACCCCCACAACAUAAGGAAGAAUUCACCCACUGAGUUCUUGUUGCAAACCCAGCUUUGCGAAGGGUGCUUCUUUUGAAAGGACCAAUGUAAGAGUUUUAUCAGCCUUGGCCAAAGUAUCUUCUUAUUGUGGGGCAGAUAGCCUGAGGACCUAUUCUUUGUUGAACACCCAGAGCAUCUGUUGGGUUCUCAUAUGGCAGUUUCCUAGGGAGAGGAAGAUCUAUUCUCUGCAAAAUCGGGGUGGGGGGAAGGCUUGAGUUCCUUUUAUCAAAUGGAAGUAAAUGUUUCAAAACUGAUACUAGCAGAUGAAAUAUCUGGGGUCUGUACUGAAAAAUCAUCAGUUUCUUGAUGGCCUUUGGGUCAUAGAGUCCACCCAGCCCUUCAGUACAGGAAUUCGUGAUAGUUAAACAACAAAGUGAAAUGAUAUCUGUAAUAUCUUGCAUUUGUCUAGGGUGAGAAUGACUUCAUUCAUUCUUUGGGCAUUAAAGAAGAGGCACAUUGAUAAACCAACUUCAAAAAUAGGUACCAUCUGUGACUUAAUCUACAUACAAUAAUUUCAGAAAAAAAACAUCAUCAAUGCAGUCAAUUUGAUGAGAGUUGGGCAAACCAGUUGGGUACCAGAUACUACCAACUGACAAAUAGAACUUUAUUUUUUUACUUUUUAAAUCUGUGUUUGCUGUCAUAUAGACACAACCUAUAGGACCAUUGGUGAAACUAACUGAGAUUGAGAACUUGGGCAUUUUGAGGCUGGCUUAACAACAGUUUUCUUAAGGCCUAACUUGGAAGUCUGCUUACAGAGAUGUCCUACCUUACAGGUUAGCAUAUGUACCCACUCCAUGCUUCCUUAUCCUAUUGCCCUCCAACAGCAUCCAUGCCUCUAGAUGUAGGAGGGCACAUGGGAAGAUCUGCCAGUCAGGAGUGAUGGCCAGCCUCCCUGAAGCUCCUCAUUGGAGAAUUUUGGAAUGGGGAUCCGUGUUUCUCCUUUUGACAUGAAAUGACUGAGUCUUCUAUGGUAUGAUGAUAAGAGUGCCUGGGUUUAAAUCCUGCCAUUUCUGAAGGUCCCUGGGCCUCAGUUUCCUCACAUGUAAAAAGAAAUGAUUAGAUGAGAUAGCUUUCUGAAGUCCCUUAAGCUCUAUAUCUAUACUCUCUAUCAUGCUUCAGAAAUGCUUGGUCAAAGAGAUUCUUAUGUAGGAAAAUGGGAGAGGAAGACAUAUGGUUACCUAACCUCCACAUCUUAAACCCUUUGAGAAUAGGACCUUUUAAAAGGUCUACAGUCAUUACUACUUGAGGCCUAUUUUGGUCUCCAUCCUUCAGCUUCCUCAGUCCUCUGGCCCAGGAAGAGUUAUGGCCUUCUCUACCAGGCAGGCCUAAACACCUUGGCCAAUGAGUAGUUGCCCAUAAGAGAAGAGUGAGGCCCACAGUUGCCUUUGAAGGAUGCUCUAUUAAAGCCAGAGACCAUUAUUGGAUGAACAUAAAAAGCCUAGUUUCACAGAGGCAGGUUGACCACUAAGAAACUACUGUAGUAUCCACCCCAAGAUGAGCCAGUCUGUCCUCCCCAGCAAGGGAAGGAUACCUUUGUAUAGACCCUAGCAAAGUCACACGCUCCAUGUAUAAUGCUAAAACAAUAUAAGGUGCUAGGUCACUGAUUUAAAAUACAUGCUCAUCCUGUGCUGAUUGAUCUAAGACACUUGUCUUCCUAACGUGAAAACGUGUUUUAUCCGUAGAAGAUCUGGAAUGGAAAAGGGAAAAAAAAGAAACAAUAUAACUGAUCUCAUAACAGUGCCAUCACAUUCUUUAACAUUCACAUUUUUUAAACAUAUACUUUUACAAAGUGAAAAAUAGAUUCAUUUUUCAUAAUUGAUUUUUUGGUAAAAAUGCAUAUACACACAAGUUCUUCCAGUUUUUAAAAAAACAAAAGCAUCUGAUUCAUGUUCAUGCGAUUUUACAACCUUGUUUCGGUGAAAGCUUGUUUUUCAAAGAGAACAAACAGUAGCUUUUUCCCAGUCUUCCUGAUUGCCCAUAGGAGACCCAGAGUUUAUUCUCAUCUGAAUUCCUAUAUUCAUUUCGUGUUCAGAGUGACAGCCUUGUUCGAUCUAUCAGUCUGGAUACCAUCACAAAGACUCACAGUAUGUGAGAAUGCAAAUGGAAUUUUCUUGCUCAGUAUUUUAUUUUAUUCUUGGUACCUUGUUUAUAGAAUCUUCCAGACUCUCCACUUUGCCUUUGUCAAUAUUUAAGGGAAACAGUUGGGGGUGGGGGGGGUCAUUUUGCAUGUAUAUUUUUAUUGUAGAUAAAUGUUGCUUGGUCUCUUUGGCAGAUCUUGGGUUAAAUGCUUUCAGACUUGAAUACAGUAUAUAUUUUGAAAUUCUAAACUUUUCUAUUUCUGUGUUAGAGCUGGAUAUAUGCGUUUUAGGCAAUCUUUUACACAGUUAGUAACUGUUCUUUCAACCAAUAUCGUACUGGUUUGGUGCCAAUAGUUGUGCAUUAGAAUCUAAUGCUCUUUAAUGUUAGAGGACACAUUUCUCUCUCUCUCUCUCUCUCUCUCUCUCUCUCUCUCUCUCUCUCUCUCUCUCUCUCUCAAAAUAAUUAAGCUUGAAGUGGAAUUUGAAAAAGUAUCAUAUUCUUGAAGAAUUCUUACCAUUGGAUUCCAUAAUGUUUCAACCUUUGUAACUACAUAUGUAGUGCCCUCAAGAACUUCCCUGAAGAAAUGCUAUGAAGCAGUUGAUAGUGGCUGAGAACAGAGCCUUAAGUUUGUUGCAAAAAUGUUAAUACGGGUUGUUUCUACCAAACGACAUGGGCUGUGUCAAAGCAGUGUGAUGGAGUUGGUGAGUGGGUCCAGUGUUUUGGGCUGUGUUUGCAAUUCAUUGUGUGUUGGUCGACCAGGUUGAUGAGAAUUACUCCUGGCCAUUCUAUCUGGCCUGAUAAAGAACUGGGUCAAGGAUCCCCAUCCCGUUAUUUUUAGUGGUAACAACACAGCCAACAUGAAAAUUAUCAGGCUGGGCUUUGUUUGAGUGAACUGUACAUGCACCCUGCUCCUGGCCAUCAUAGUUCAUGGUAGCUGCAAACUCAGCGCAGCUAAGUCUGUAAAGGGCAGCCUAGCUGAGGCCAGCAUUCCUUAGAAAACAUUAAUGACGUUUUAAGUAAGAGACUUACUGUGUAGACAAUCUUAAUUAUCUUUCAGCUAAGCAAUCAGCAUUCUGGCUGUGUUCUCUGUGUCUAUCCAAUUAACUAUGUGUGUUAAGCCAUAUUAAGCCUGGGUCUGUAGGGCACGGGCGAAUUACUCACAAUACUGUAAGAGUCUGUUUGUUGUAGUCAUCCAGGGUCGUCUUAAGUGGCAAACAAGGUGUGAGGUUUGUAAGCCCACAUUCACGGUAUAAUUUUGCCCUGCCAGAUGGCCAAGAAAAUUGAAUGAAGCCAGUGUUUUGGUUCUAUCUGGUUAGCCCAGUAGAUACACAGAUAUUAACAAAUCUCUCUGCCAAGUCUGCAUGAUGACUAACCUUAGAUAAAUUAAUAUCCAGUGAACAUUCAAAAAGUCAAUAAAUUAUUUCCUGUCUUGUGGCAACAUCAUCCACUUGAGUAACAAGAAAAAUAUGCCUAGCUAAUAUUUGUAGUAGGCCCUUAUUUGCCCUAGUUCAUACUGAGGUUAGCUGGUGGUGUCAGGCUUUGGUUUAAAAUAUAUACACAGAUGUGACCAAAUCCAGUGAGAUGAAAAUGCUUGCACGGACCCUUGUGCCCCCUUAAGAUGGCCUUGGAAAGAUGAGAAGGGCUAGAGUUUAUGGCACCAUGUCUGAUUCGCUCUCUAUCUAUUUAGACCCAGCCUAAUUGUCAUUCACCAACUUAUCUCCCUGUCCACAGGAUUGUGAAAAAUUUGCCUUUCAUAGAAACUAAGGACCAAAGAAUUACAUUUCUCCCCCUCAAACCAUUAGUUACAUAGAGAUCAUGGCUGUGAGUAUGCAGAGACAGACAAUAAGACUACAGCACAGUGAUAUCUGCUCAGUUCCAUCAACAUACCAAUCCGUACUGAAGAGUCAAGUGGUCCCGGGUUUCAAAGACCCAAACUCAGUUUUGUCUGUGCUAGGAUCAAGCUGUUCCUGCUAUGGAGACACAGCCUCUACCAGCUAAGCAGAGCUCUGGUGAUCCCCAGGCUAAUUCAAUCAGUGACGCCUGAAUUGCAAAAACAGUCUCUGAUGUAGAUUGGCUGCUCUGUCUAUGCAGAUCAAGUAAACCCAAGGACUACCAGAUUUCCACUCCACUUGUCUUAUGUAGACCCACUCAGAACAACCACAGUAUGUUUGGAGUGAGCAGGAUUUUCAUUCCCUUCCCAUGACAAACAACAGGUCCGUUCCCAGGCAUUUGAAAACUUAGUACAGAAACCGUCCCCUCCUAUCCAUUGAGCUAUUGAAUAGUGUGGACAGUGAAGCUAUGACAUGCUGUCUAGUGGCAAGGCUUAUCGCCAGUGCCUGGGAUGGAGCAGGCCACCAAUAAUUCGCCCAACCCUUUUGGGGAGUUUGUGGCUAAUGGUGUAUUUAUUAUACACACACUAAAAUCAAAUGAACAACUUUUCAAAUUUAGGCAUUUAAUUUAUUUUGACAGACUACCCUAGGAGAGACUUCAGCUAGUUUCUGAUAGUUGUCAUUAUGAAUAUUUAAUAUCCCACAGUACCAGGGUCCCUUUUCUCUUUUUGCUGUAAAUAUUUCCCAAGAAUGGGUGAAGUCCCAAGGGACUUGUAUCUUCUGCUAUAACAAAUAUUGACUGUCUACAUCAAAUUCUCUUUGUGAAUGGUCCUGUAACUAGUGUAUGGACACAUUUCUGGGUGCCUUAGAAGUUGUAUUUUUCAUGUGUGUUAAUAUGCAGUAUUUAUACAUUGUGAGAAGCUGCUUUGAAUAAAA